AUGUCCCUUCUUCGAAAAUCUCUGGCUGCAAAUUCUUCAAUAUUCACCCCUAGCGAAGCACCCACAAUAGCCAUGAUCCACUCUUCUUCUCAUAGACGACGACUUUUUUCUUCUUCGAAGCGAAGAUCUCGAGGACCAGUUAUGGCUGCUAAAAAAGCAUCUGGAGGGGAAAAGCAAGAAGAAGGGAGGUACAAGCAUACAGUUGAUUUACCGAAGACAACGUUUGGGAUGAGAGCGAAUGCUCUGGUGAGGGAGCCUGAGAUCCAGAAAUUAUGGGAGGAUAAUCAAGUGUUCAAGAGAGUUGUUGAUAACAAUAAUGGGGAAAAUUUUGUUCUUCAUGAUGGCCCGCCAUAUGCCAAUGGUGAUUUACACAUGGGUCAUGCCCUGAAUAAGAUCUUGAAGGAUGUAAUUAAUCGUUACAAGUCAAUGGAUCAGGAAGCAAGAAAGGAUCUGACAACAUCAAAAUUAAGAGCAAAGGCGGCCAAAUUUGCUAAAGCAACUGUCAAAACUCAGAUGACAUCAUUUAAGCGCUAUGGAGUAUGGGCAGACUGGGAUAACCCUUAUCUAACUCUAGAUCCAGAAUAUGAAGCUGCUCAGAUUGAAGUGUUUGGCCAGAUGGUCUUUCAAGGAUACGUUUAUAGGGGCAGGAAACCAGUUCAUUGGAGUCCUUCAUCACGUACUGCUCUUGCAGAGGCUGAGUUGGAGUAUCCAGAGGGCCAUGUUUCAAAAAGCAUAUAUGCCAUAUUUAGUUUAGUAAGUGCACCUCCAGCUUCAGAUGGGCUAUUAGAGGAAUUCUUUCCAGAUUUGUGCCUGGCCAUAUGGACUACAACUCCCUGGACUGUUCCAGCCAAUGCUGAUCUGCGUAUCAUUGCCCAGUUGAGAAUAGCUGUUGCUGUCAAUGCCAAGCUUCAGUAUGCUGUAAUUGAAGUGCAGUCAUUUUCAGGAGAUGUUUCUACAUCCUCUGGAAAUAAAAAACAAAGGCUUGGACAUGUUUUGAAGGAAGAGAAGAAGCCUUUUCUUAUAGUAGCAUCUGAUCUUGUGUCAACACUAGAAGCAAAAUGGGGUACGAAGCUUGUUGUCAAGAAAACACUGUUAGGAUCAGAUCUAGAAAACUGCCGGUAUAUUCAUCCAAUAGAUAAGAGGGAAUGCCCGGUUGUCAUUGGUGGAGAUUAUAUUACAACAGAAUCAGGAACUGGACUGGUACAUACAGCUCCUGGUCAUGGUCGGGAGGACUAUAUAACUGGCCUGAAAUAUGGAUUGCCUAUCAUAUCCCCUGUAGAUGAUGAUGGGAAGUUUACUGAAGAAGCUGUGCAGUUUAGUGGACUUGAUGUACUUGGGGAUGGUAAUAUUGCUGUGGUGAAAUACCUGGACGAACAAAUGUCUAUUAUCAUGGAGGAAUCAUAUCAGCACAACUAUCCAUAUGAUUGGCGAACUAAAAAGCCCACAAUAUUCAGAGCUACUGAGCAAUGGUUUGCCUCAGUAGAAGGGUUUCGCCAGACGGUUAUGGAGGCAAUUAGCCAAGUGAAAUGGAUUCCACCUCAGGGAGAAAACAGAAUAACUGCAAUGACUUCAAGUCGCUCUGACUGGUGCAUAUCAAGACAAAGGACAUGGGGUGUCCCCAUUCCAGUCUUUUACCAUUUGGAGACAAAGGAACCACUUAUGAAUGAAGAGACUGUUGACCAUAUCAAAUCUAUAAUAGCCCAAAAGGGUAGUGACGCUUGGUGGUAUAUGAAAGUGGAGGAUUUGCUCCCAGAAAAAUAUCGUGAUCAAGCUUCAGGGUAUGAAAAGGGGACAGACACAAUGGAUGUCUGGUUUGAUUCAGGUUCUUCAUGGGCUGCCGUGCUGGGAAAAAGAAAUGGCGCUAGAUUUCCUGCAGACUUGUAUCUUGAAGGAACAGAUCAACAUCGUGGGUGGUUCCAGAGCUCCUUGUUAACUAGUAUUGCUACAAAAGGAAAGGCUCCUUAUUCCAGUGUUAUUACUCAUGGAUUUGUAUUGGAUGAGAAAGGUUGUAAGAUGAGCAAAUCAUUGGGUAAUGUUGUAGAUCCACAUACUAUAAUCGAAGGGGGAAAAACUCAAAGGUUGGAAGCACCUGGCUAUGGAGCUGAUGUCUUGCGACUCUGGGUUUCUAGUGUAGAUUAUACAGGUGAUGUCAUGAUUGGUCCUCAAGUCCUUAGGCAAAUGUCUGACAUAUAUAGGAAGUUGCGAGGAACUUUGAGAUACCUUUUGGGAAAUCUGCAUGACUGGGAGGCUGACAAUGCUAUUUCGUACAAUGAUCUUCCCAUGAUUGAUAAGCACGCGCUAUUUCAGCUGGAAAAUGUUGUAAACACCAUUAAAGAGAGUUAUGACAACUAUCACUUUUUCAAGAUAUUUCAGAUCAUUCAGCGGUUUGUUAUUGUCGACUUAUCAAAUUUCUAUUUUGAUGUUGCCAAAGAUCGACUUUAUGUUGGGGGCACAACAAGUUUUACAAGGAGAAGUUGUCAAACAGUUCUUGCUGCACAUCUCCUUUCCAUUGUGAGGGUAAUUGCACCAAUAUUACCUCAUUUGGCUGAAGAUGUGUGGCAGAAUCUUCCCUUUCAGUUUACUGUCCAAGAUGGUUCUGCUGCCAAGUUUGUUUUCGAAUCGAAGUGGCCUGCUCCCAAUGGAAAGUGGCUUGCUUUUCCUAUUGAAGAAAUUGACUUUUGGAGGAAAAUUCUUGAGCUGAGGACUGAGGUGAACAAAGUUCUAGAGGUUGCUCGUGCAGGCAAGUUGAUUGGGUCCAGUUUGGAAGCAAAGGUUUAUCUACAUACUUCUGAUGCCUGCCUUGCUUCUAGAUUACAUGAAAGGUGCGCAGCCAGCAAUGACGCUGAUGCAUUGAAUCGCAUAUUCAUAACAUCUCAGAAGGUUAAAACUAUUCUUCCCUUCGGUCAUUUGUAUGGAAAUGUGCAGGUGGAGAUGAUUCAGCAUUUGAAGCAUGAUGUUAUUGAAACUAUUCCAUGCACUGGUGAGUAUCUCGUUGAAGGAAACGACAGAGUGUGGAUUGGUGUUGCACCUGCUGAAGGCUUGAAAUGUGAAAGAUGUUGGAAUUACACACCUCAAGUUGGUUCUUUUGUGGAGCAUCCGACACUUUGUGGUCGCUGCUAUAAAGUAGUAGCUGUUCAACCAGAACCUGCUGUAGCAGCAGUCAGCUGA